UCGUUCCAGUCACAGUUUGCCUGCCUUUUUCUCCCGAUUCUCGAACACGUUUUCCUUGAAAAAAACUCCCAAAUCACGAUCCAGAGCUGCCUUGUUUUGUCGGCAACCUCCGCUGAUUGUCUCCCCCAAUCUCAGUUUCAUCUCACGGAUCGUCUGCCCUUCCGUGGUGUAGUCACCGACCCGUGAUUCAUCCGUCAGCUCCCGAGCAAAAGAGUCAAAAACUUUUUUUCUCUCUGAUUCCCUCGACUCUCGGCGCAUUCUGCACACGAUUCUUGAUUCCGGAAUCCGAUCUUUCCUCCGCUUCUGAUCGUUGUUUGUUCUCUCCGAAGAGAAAUAAAGACAUGGGUUGUUGCCUCACUAAGGACAAAGCUCCAGAGCCGCAGCAAAAUGGGUACAGAUCUGUGGGUGCGAAUUACCAGAGACCCUAUGAACAACAGCAGCAGCAGCAGCAGCAGCAGCAACAACCUGUCGUGGUUCAACAGCACAAGCCUCCUUCGAAUCAUUAUCAGCCCCAGCAAGUUGCGUUCAAGAACUCAGCCCCGUUCCCGAGCCCCAAGCCAGCCCAGAAGGUGGACACAAUCCUGGGCAAGCCCUAUGAAGAUGUCAAGUACCACUACGCACUCGGGAAAGAACUGGGUAGAGGUCAGUUUGGUGUCACUUAUCUCUGUACUGAGAUUGCCACUGGUCGGCAAUAUGCUUGUAAGUCCAUUUCAAAGAGGAAGCUUGUGUCCAAGAAUGAUAAGGAGGACAUGAGGAGGGAGAUUCAGAUCAUGCAGCAUUUGAGUGGCCAACCCAAUAUAGUGGAGUUCAAGGGUGCUUAUGAGGACCGGCAAUCGGUCCACCUCGUGAUGGAGCUCUGUGCCGGUGGCGAGCUUUUCGAUAGGAUCAUCGCCAAGGGGCACUACAGCGAGAGAGCCGCGGCUACAGUCUGCAGGGCGAUUGUAAAUGUUGUUCAUGCGUGCCAUUUCAUGGGUGUUAUGCAUAGGGAUCUCAAGCCUGAGAACUUCUUGUUGGCUAGCAGGAAUGAGAAUGCCCCCUUGAAGGCUACAGAUUUCGGAUUGUCCGUGUUCAUCGAAGAAGGCAAGGUGUACCGGGAUAUUGUCGGGAGUGCUUACUAUGUUGCUCCUGAGGUUUUGCGGCGUAAUUACGGGAAGGAAAUAGACGUUUGGAGUGCAGGAGUCAUACUUUAUAUCCUACUCAGUGGCGUGCCUCCAUUCUGGGCUGAAACAGAGAAGGGGAUAUUUGAUGCGAUACUGCAAGGAGAUAUCGAUUUUGAAAGUCAACCAUGGCCAACUAUAUCCACUAGUGCUAAGGACCUGGUCAAGAAAAUGUUAACGAAGGACCCGAAGAAAAGGAUUACUUCUGCACAGGUUUUAGAGCAUCAUUGGAUUAAGGAAGGUGGAAAUGCAUCAGACAAGCCAAUAGACAGCGCUGUCCUUUCAAGAAUGAAGCAAUUCAGAGCAAUGAACAAGUUGAAGAAACUUGCAUUGAAGGUAAUCGCUGAAAAUCUAUCUGAAGAAGAUAUUCAAGGGUUGAAAGCAAUGUUCGCGAAUAUGGAUACCGACAAGAGUGGAACGAUCACCUAUGAGGAGCUGAAGACUGGAUUGGCUCGGCUUGGAUCGAAGCUCACAGAGGCAGAAGUGAAGCAGCUGAUGGACGCAGCUGAUGUGGAUGGAAAUGGAAGUAUUGACUACAUUGAGUUCGUAACAGCUACAAUGCAUAGACACAAGCUAGAGUUAGAUGAACAUCUUUACAAAGCCUUCCAGUAUUUCGAUAAGGAUAAUAGUGGGUUCAUCACAAUGGAUGAAAUUGAGACAGCCAUGAGAGGAUAUGGAAUGGGAGAUGAAGACACUAUUAAAGAUAUUAUAGCCGAAGUUGACACAGACCAUGACGGCAGAAUCAACUACGAGGAGUUCUGUGCAAUGAUGAGAAGUGGAAACCAAAACCAGGGGAGACUGUUCUAGGCACCAAUCAACAACUAGGAGGGGCUCUUUCACGCCUACAGACGAACUAUUGUAAAUUGAAGUUAAGCACUCUAAAAUAUGGAAGCUGUUUCUUGACCUGGAAAGUUGAUUCUACUUCGAGAUAUAUUUUUGUUCGCCUGAGAUGCCAAAUAGAGGACGCAGCUCAUGGCAUUUUUUUGGGCCUUUCCUAUGGUUCAUUUUUGUACUGUCAAUUUCUUGAAGAUCACUGUGAGAGAAGAUGUCAUUUGAAAACACAGCCUGGCUGAAGAAGCUGCCUCUUUGCUGUUGUAAAUAAUUGUAAAAUCCUCUCUUUUGAACCUUCAUGGUUCCGAAACCUGAGAGGGGUAAAACCCGAGUACGGAGGAAUAUUGACUUUGUUUGCAGUUUUUUGUCUGAUUGAUAGUUCGAAUUGUUGUCAUCUUGCUUAAGGUUUGCCAUAAAUGAAGUAAUUGAUGGAGGUUACGGCAUUUUUAUU